UCUUGUUAUUAUUAUUAUUUUCCAUUGGCCGACACUUUUGUGGACUGUGUUUUCCUUGACCUGGCCUCUUCAUUUGCCCUUUCCUAUUGGCCAAGAUCAUAAUAUAUAUGAAGAAGCAUCAUGGGAGGAAUGGCGGUGACGAAGCAUUCUCUUCCAAUUAAACGCUGAUAUUCUUGCCUGAAUCACACUUUCAUCGUCAAUAUGAAGCAAAAGAUAUCGAUGAAGGUGGCGAUGCAUUGCCAGAAGUGCCGAGCAAAAGCUCUCACCGUUGCCGCCGGAAGCAAUGGCGUAGAUUUUGUGGGAUUGGAGGGGCAAGAGAAAGACAAGGUGGUGGUCAUCGGAAACGGAGUGGACGCCGCCAGGCUCGCUAGCUGUUUGAGGAAGAAAGUGGGUCAUACCGAUAUUAUUAGCGUUACUGAGGUCAAAUAAGUGGUAUAAUUACUAUUCUCAUGCAGUGAUGAAUUCUGAGGAUGAAAUGGAUUGCUUCAUUUUCUCUAAUAUAUGUACCAGACAGGAAGAGGUUGCAGCUAGCAGAGCCGCCUUUUGAAAUGAACAUUACUGCUUCGA